AUGGGCUUUGGUCUUUGUAUACCUUCCGGCCARAURGUAGUGUUGUUUUGAAACCCUAAAGAUACAGUUGUCUCAUUUUUCCAUUUCCAUAACAAUGUGCUAAGCAUCCCCAGUUACAGCUCCAGGGAUGAGUUCUUCUCAGGAUUCAUGACAGCUCUAUACAUUGAGGAUAAGAAUGCUAUGGUCAUAAUAUAUGAAGACCUGAAAGGGAACCUGACUGCCAAUGUAAAGCAGAUAGYUGAAUUCUUUGGAUUCUCCCCAACGGCUGAGCAGAUCCAGCCCAUUGCAGGAAGGGACACUUUCCAGCCAGUGAGUGUUAAAGCUCAGGAGACUCCUGGUGCUGUUGGCUCAAUUCUUAAAGGUAAAUUUGUUUGUAUUUUGCCAGAGYGUGUUUUUGGAGAUUGGAAGAAUCUUUUCACUGAAGCUCAGAACCAGAAAAUGGCUGCCAAAUCUAAGGUGUGCUUAGAAGUAACUAAGCUGGGAGUGAAGUUUGAAUAUGAUGUGUAUUGCAAGGCCUGA